GGAAAAUCUCAGAGAGGAUACCGAUGACUGAGGGAGCAGCACUGUCUGACUGACUGACUAACUGUUCCUCUUCUAGGCCGAUAACAACACUCACAGCACGGUCAUGUCUAGCGUCAUCUACAGCAGGAACAAAUCCGACCAUAACUGCACCAACGUGGACAGCCUGAUGAAACUCUACUACCUGCCUAUCAUGUACAGUGUCAUUUUCGCUGUGGGGCUGCUGGGUAACAUCACCUCCAUCGCCAUCUACUUGGCCAAGCUACGACCCUGGAAGUCUAGCUGUAUCAUCAUGUUCAACCUGGCAUUGACGGAUCUUCUGUAUGUUCUGAGUCUGCCUUUCCUGGUCUACUACUACACCAACGGUGAAUCCUGGACCCUGGGCAACUUCAUGUGUCGCUUUGUGCGUUUCGGGUUCCACUUUAACCUAUAUGGUAGUAUACUGUUUCUCACCUGUUUGGCUGUGUUUCGAUAUGUAGUCUUGACAAAUCCUCUGAGGACGGUGCAGGUGCAGCAGAAGAGGUGGGGUAUCUUGGCGUGCGCCGCAGUCUGGGCUAUAGCCGGGGCGGAGAUUGUGCCCAUGCUCACCAUGAUCACCAUGGAGAAUAAAAACAACAAGACCCAGUGUUUGGACUUUGCUAGCGGCGACCCGGCUUUAGUGUGGUGGUACAGCUGGCUGCUGACCGUGCUGGGCUACCUGCUGCCCCUGGUGGUGGUUGUGUUGUGUUAUGCCGGUAUCGCCCGGGAACUAGCCAAAGGGCCCCACACCCACAGCCCUUGCCGGGUGCGGGCACGCCGCCUCACCAUACUGAUCCUGGUGGUGUUCGUGGUAUGCUUCCUGCCGUACCACGUCCUGAGGAUCCUAAGAGUAGACACCAGGAUGAAGCCUGAGUCGUCAUGUAUGGUGGAGCACUGGGUCCACGCCGCUUAUAUCAUAUCCAGGCCCAUAGCGGGGCUCAACACCUUCUUUAACCUGGCUCUGUACACCCUGGCCGGGGACAAGUUCAAGCAGGCCUUCCUCAGUGUGUUCCACUGGGGCCCCUGGUGGAUCAAGUUCAGGACUCACCUCAAACUCAGCCAGGCUGUCGUCAGUAAGCCCAGUAACACAGCUUCAGCCGUAAGGACAGUAGCCACGGAUAUGGCCAUCCAUAGACAGGAAAUAUAAUACAGUGUUCUACUUCAUUCUGUGUGGACAUUACUACCAUGGCAAUAUAUUGUCCUACAAUACUGUGUAUACUGUACUGUAAAUAGAAAACCUUUUAUCAGAUUUUAUUAUAUGCCAGUAUGAGGUUUACAACAUUGAUGUGGUUUCUAUAAAAAUAUUAGAUACCUAUAAAGGGUGACUUUAUAUAUACUGUAUACUCUAAUUGAUAUUGCCAUAUCACUUCAUUAUA